AUGCAAGAUGUGGAGAGAAGGCUUCAAGCGGCGAGGGAGGACGCCAUGGAGAAGCACAAGAGAGUGCUGGAAGCCAUAGAGUCCUACGAGGAGGAAGAUAACCGGAGGAAUAGGAAACGUGGUCGCAUGCAGGGGCGGACUGGCCAUCUGUGUGAUCUGGAGAAUCACAGAACGGCCGGUAGUCCAGGACGGCCGGCGUGUCCGCAUCUCCUCGGAGGACGUUUGGAGGUGACCUCCUCCUGUAACUGGAUCCAGCCGGACCUCCUCGGCUCUGAAGGCGGCUUUGUUCCCUGCAAGACCUGGGGGCCGUGGGGGGGCCGGUGGAUCUGCUCCGCUGCUGCACACCUGAGUCCAGAGUCCUGCUGCUCAGGACAGGAACCUUCCAGAACCAGGAUCCAGAUUACUGGGUUCAACCAGAACCGGACCCAGACGCAGGUGUGGGACGCCGGCCCCCAAGGACCUGAAUCUGACGCCGGCCCAAGCCCCUCAUCACCAGCAGGGGGCGUCAUGUCCUCCAACUCCUCCUCCCUCCACUCGCUCCUGCUCUCCCUGCUGCAGACCUGCCUCAACAUGACCAGGGAGGCCCCGCCCCCCCGGAACCACACUACCCAGCAUGCCGUGCAGCAGCCCCCGGGGGGGGUCCUGUACAUGGUCCUGGUGGUCGGCCUGUUCAGCUUCUUCACCUUCGGCAUCAUGCUCAGCUACAUCCGCUCCCGGAAGCUGGAGGGGUCAGGUGACCCGUACCACCAGUACAUCGCCCGGGACUGGACCGGGCCGGCGCUGACCCGGGCCCUGACCCGGACCGGGGCCCGCAGGAAGGAGCCCGUCAUCAUCUGCAACCCGGCAGCAGCUCCUGGGCUCCAAACAUCCACACAAUGACC